UGCCGGGGUGGCGAGCACGGCGCGGGCACGGCCCAGCACCUCCAGACCUGGUGUCACGGUGUGCGUGGCAUCACCUCCAGCUCCAAGGCAGGGACCACCUCACACGCACGCAGGGGCACCGCGCCCCAGGGUGGCGGUGGCGUGAGGCGCAUAUGGCACAGCCUCAAGAGCCCCUUUGCCCUCUCUCCCGCCGCAGCCCGGGAGCCGCUCGCAGCCCCCGGGCCGCCCCGGGCCGCCGGGACCCGCCGGGCAGCCGAUGCGGGAGGAGGAUGUGCGGCACGUGGAGCGGCGGCUGGGGAGCCUGCGGGUGAUGCAGGAGGCACGGCCGGGGCCGCUGCUGCCCGGGCGGCUGGAGCAGGAGCUGGGGCCGCUCCUGCCGCGCCACACGGCCCCGGCGCCCCGGGAUGCUCCUGCCCAUCAGGAUGUGCCCGCUUGGGGACUUGGGGCUGGGAGCAGCCCCGGCACCCUGCGCGAUGCCCAGCGCGAGAUCCGGGGCUGCGGUGUGUCCGUCCGCAGCCUCAAAGCCAACUACGAGGGGCCGGGGGGGGGCCCUGCGCCCCUCCCCAGGGUCACCAAGCGCAAGCGCUCGCAGCCCCCCGGCAGCACCCGCCGGCCCGUCCUGGAGGAGGAGUACGGGGCCGGGGCACCGCGGCAGAGCAGCCCGCGGGAGCGCGCCGAGGCGCGCAAGGAACGCGCCGUCUGCCUCUUCCUGGAGCACUGGAGGAAGCGGGUGCUGGCGGCGGUGCCCGGCGAGGAGCGGCUGCAGUGGCCGGGGGGGCGGCGGCGGGCGGCGGGGAGGCUGCUGGCCCGUUGGAGGAGCAUCGCCCGCCGUGUGCCGGGGCGGCAGAUCCGGCGGCUGAGCCGCGCCACGGUGCUCUACUGGCCCCAGCACUUCCUGCCCCACGUCGGCGGCUCGCCCGUGCCCCACGACAGCCUCCCCCUCGACCUCUUCAUGCUGGGCUACUUCCAGCUGCUGGAGAUGCCGCUGAGCCCCGAGGAGCGGCGCUUCCGCCACCUCCUCUGCUACGAGAUGUUUGACCGCCUGGGCAGCCACAGCUGGCACCGCGUGCGCCGCUUCCACCGCGCCGCGCUGGAGAGGGUCGAGGCCGGACACCGCUGCUGGUGCGACGGCUUUGAGGACCUGGUGCACGAGUUCUUUGGGGACAGCCCCGCCAUGCCCGUACCGCCAGGGGAAGGGGCCGCAGCGCCGGCGCCAGUGCCGGAGCUGGGCGAGUUCAGCGAGGAGGAUGUCUGUCGCUUCAUCGACCGCAGCUUCUCCUUCUGGAAGGAGAAGGAGGUGGAGAUGUCCGACACCUGAGCCCGGCGGGAUGCGGCGGGCGGUGUGUGGCACGGGGCUGGCUGCGAGCGGGUGCCGCCGGCGGCAGGACCCGGUGCUUGGGUUCAGCCCAGCGGAGGGCUCGGUACUGGUUUGCGCUGGGCGCAGGCUGAGGUUGCGGUGUGCCGCUUGCUGUGGUGCUGUGUUGUGCGGGGACGCAGCGCCGGGGCUGCGCUCCCCUCGGGAGUGGUGUUUGCGGUGCCGGGGCGGUGUGAGCCCCCCGCGUGUCAGUGCAAUAAAGCUGUGGUGUGCUGCGAAGGGCUGGCCACGCCGCGCACUCCUUCCUCCUCCCCGCGAUGGCAAAGACCGGUAGCGAGGGGCAGCGUCGAUGAGCGGUGCCGUGUGCCGGGUGAUGCUGCUGCCCCGUGGUGCCGAUGGUGAGGGUGGGCUGCCGGCAGCGCCGGUAACACGGGUG